CGUCGGGGUUCUGCAUCCAUGGAGCAGGCCGGGGGUUCGAGUACGGAACUUGCUAAGACCAUCAAACCUAUUGAUCGGAAGUCGGUCCAUCAAAUUUGUUCUGGGCAGGUGGUACUGAGUCUAAGCACUGCUGUGAAGGAGUUGGUAGAAAAUAGUGUGGAUGCUGGUGCCACUAAUAUUGAUUUGAGGCUUAAAGACUAUGGGGCGGAUCUCAUUGAAGUUUCGGACAAUGGAUGUGGGGUAGAAGAAGAAAACUUUGAAGGCUUGACUCUGAAACAUCAUACUUCUAAGAUUCAAGAGUUUGCUGACCUAACUCAGGUUGAAACUUUUGGCUUUCGGGGGGAAGCUCUGAGCUCACUUUGUGCACUGAGUGAUGUAACUAUUUCUACCUGCCAUACGUCUGCAAAGGUUGGAACUCGACUGGUGUUUGAUCACAAUGGGAAAAUCAUCCAAAAAACCCCCUAUCCACGGCCUAGAGGGAUGACAGUCAGUGUCCAGCAAUUAUUUUAUACACUACCUGUGCGCCAUAAGGAAUUUCAAAGGAAUAUUAAAAAGGAGUAUGCCAAAAUGAUCCAGGUCUUACAUGCAUACUGUAUCAUUUCAGCAGGCAUUCGUGUAAGUUGCACCAAUCAGCUUGGACAAGGAAAACGACAGCCUGUGCUAUGCACAGGUGGAAGCUCCAGCAUGAAGGAAAAUAUUGGAUCUGUGUUUGGGCAGAAGCAGUUGCAGAGCCUCAUUCCUUUUGUUCAGCUGCCCCCUAGUGACUCCAUCUGUGAAGAGUACGGUCUGAGCUGUUCGGAUACUCUGCAUAAUCUGUUUUAUAUCUCAGGUUUCAUUUCACAAUGUGCUCAUGGAGUUGGAAGGAGUUCCACGGACAGACAGUUUUUCUUUAUCAAUCGACGACCUUGUGAUCCAGCAAAGGUGUCCAGACUUGUGAAUGAAGUCUACCAUACAUAUAAUCGACAUCAAUAUCCAUUCGUUGUUCUUAACAUUUCUGUUGAUUCAGAAUGUGUUGAUAUCAACGUUACUCCAGAUAAAAGACAAAUUUUACUACAAGAGGAAAAGCUUUUAUUGGCAAUUUUAAAGACCUCUUUGAUAGAAAUGUUUGAUAGUGAUGUAAACAAACUUAACGUCAGUCAACAGCCACUGUUGGAUAUUGAAGGUAACUCAAUAAAAAUUCAUGCAGCAGAAGUGGAAAAGCCUCUACCAGAAAAGCAGGAUAAUUCCCCUUCAUUAAAGACUCGAGGAGAAGAAAAAAGGGAUGUGUCUAUUUCCAGAUUGAGAGAGGCCUUUUCUCUUCGUCACACAACAGAAAACAAGUCUCAGGACCUGGAGACUCCUGAACCGACACAGAGCUCUCCAAGACAGACAAGGAGUGUACCAUUUUCCAGCACUUCAGAUUCCAUCUCUGGCAGAGGUGUGCUGGGCCCCCAGGAAAAGGUGAUGUGUUCUAGUAAGGGCUCCAGUGAACAUACGGACAGAGCAGAAUUGGAGAGCUCGGGGCACAGCAGCACUUCAGCUGACUUAGAGGAAGGGGUCAGUACCCCAGACACCAGUGGUCACUGCAGCAGUGAGCAAGUAGUGUGCUCCCCAGAAGGCAUGUUUUCACAGGAAAAUGUGGAAUUUUGUGAGAAAUUACCUGAAACUGACUGUCAUUUUUCAGACAUGGAAUGCCAUUUAAACCAAGAAGAAAUUGGAUAUAAAUCUAGAGUUUUGCCCCAGCCAACUAAUUUUUCAUCCUCAAACACAAAGCGUUUAAAAAAAGAAAUUCCUUCAAAUUCUGACAUUCCUCAGAAGUUAGUAAAUACUCAGAACAUGUCAGCAUCUCAGGUUGAUGUAGCUGUUAAAAUUGAUAAGAAAAUAGUGCCCCUUGAUUUCUCUAUGAGUUCUUUAACUAAACGAAUAAAACAGCUACAUCACCAAGCACGGCAAAGUGAAGGUGGACAGAAUUAUAGGAAAUUUAGGGCAAAAAUUUGCCCUGGAGAAAAUCAAGCAGCAGAAGAUGAACUAAGAAAAGAAAUAAGUAAAACGAUGUUUGCCGAAAUGGAAAUUAUUGGUCAGUUUAACUUGGGAUUUAUAAUAACCAAACUGAAUGAGGAUAUCUUCAUAGUGGACCAACAUGCUACGGAUGAGAAAUAUAACUUUGAGAUGCUACAACAGCACACUGUUCUCCAGGGUCAGAGGCUUAUAGCACCUCAGGUGCUCAGUUUAACGGCGGUCAAUGAAGCUGUUCUGAUAGAAAAUCUGGAAAUAUUCAGAAAGAAUGGGUUUGAUUUUAUUAUUGAUGAGAGUGGUAAUAUUUAUCAAAUAAUGAAUUUUUCUCAACAUUUUAUUCUUUUAGCUCCAGUCACUGAAAGGGCUAAAUUGAUUUCCUUGCCAACUAGUAAGAACUGGACCUUUGGACCCCAGGAUAUAGAUGAACUGAUCUUUAUGCUAAGUGACAGCCCUGGGGUCAUGUGCCGGCCUUCCCGAGUCAGGCAGAUGUUUGCCUCCAGAGCCUGUCGAAAGUCUGUGAUGAUUGGAACUGCUCUUAACACAAGUGAGAUGAAGAAGCUCAUCACCCACAUGGGUGAGAUGGACCACCCCUGGAACUGUCCCCAUGGAAGGCCUACCAUGAGACACAUUGCCAAUCUGGAUGUCAUUUCUCAAAACUAACAUUUCUUGCUCACAGAAUUACAGAUUUUAUUGCAGAUCUUUCUGUUUUGAAAGACAGUUUUAAUUAACCUUUUUUUUUCUUUUAAAAUUAACCUGCUACUUGAAAAAAAGAGUACCAGACUAAUUUAAAAGUGGUCUUGAAAACCUUUUCAAACC